UGUGUGUGAGUGGGAAAGUAAGAAUGAGCAUAAGGGGAAUUAGCGUGGUAUUGUUUACAGUACAUCGACAGUGUUUUUGAUGAAUGUUGUUGGUUGUCUCUAUUUGCAACUGAGUCAAAUUAUGGCUGUGAUCAAUAUAGCAACGUUUCUUUUUGCCGAUAUGUGAUAGAACUGUGAGCUUCUUUGACUGGAAACGAGCAUGUACUUCGUGCUUACUAAAUACUGUAGAUUGAUAUUGAUGCGUACAUGCAGAGAAAGAUUUAGUGGAACGAGUGAAGCAAUUCGUGUGCCUUGUUACGUACCUUACCUUUAAAUUAAUAUUAGAAUAGCUUGAAACUCAGGCCGACGUACAUCGUAAUUCAGCGCGCUUUUCACUUUUAAACGCCAGUAUUCGUUGAGAUUAUUACGGGUAUUAACGAUCCUGUUGUUAGUGAUCAAUAUGGAAGAUAUGUCAUUUGUUUCGACUGACAUUCCCGCUGAUGUGAGACAGAUAACAAUUACCGCUUUAUCAAGACGGAGUGUUCAGUGUGUUGGCCCAUGGUUUCUGGCUCAUAUUCAAGGGAAACUGAUAGAUGCCAAAAGUGCCCUUACUGGUGCAGCCGCUGAAGAAAGAGAUGAUGAAGAUGAUAGUCCAAAUGCAAAAUUAUUUGAUCCUGAUGAUGUGACUUUACUUAGAACAUUAGAUCCGAAGGAAUGGAAGUUACAGGACCACUAUGCAGUUUUGGGCUUGAGUAAACUGCGUUACAAAGCAACAGAAGAAGAUAUCAAGAAGGCUUAUCGGAUGAAAGUCUUGCUCCACCACCCAGACAAGAGGAAAGCAGCAGGAGAGGAUGUUAGACCUGAUGAUGAUUAUUUCACGUGCAUCACAAAAGCUUACGAAAUACUAGGAAACCCUCAGAAACGCCGCUCCUUUGAUUCAGUUGACCCAGCAUUCACGGAUCCUGCACCACCUUCAAAUGAUCAUACAAAGAAGCAUUUCUUUAAGGUUUUUGCAGAGGCUUUUGCCUUAGAAGCUCGUUUCUCAGAAAAGUUGCCUGUCCCUCCAAUAGGCGGUCCAGAUGAUCCGAGAGAGAGCGUGGAAAAGUUUUACGAUUUUUGGUACAACUUUGAGUCAUGGAGAGAGUUCUCGUACCUUGAUGAAGAAGACAAAGAGAAAGGACAGAUACGUGAAGAAAGGAAAUGGAUAGAGAAACAAAAUAAAUUUUAUCGUGCAAAGAGGAAGAAGGAAGAUAUGACACGGAUUCGAAAUCUUGUAGAUAGUGCAUAUGCUUUAGACCCUCGAAUAGCAAAAUUCAAACAAGAAGAUAAAGAUCGAAAAGAAGCGGCAAAACAGGCAAAACGAGAAGCUGCUAGAGCCCGACAAGCGGAGGAGGAAAGAAAACUUCAGGAAGCUCAAGAAAUAGAGCUGAGAAAAAAGGCUGAGAUAGAGGCGGUUGAAAAGGCUAGAUUAAGUGCUCUUAAAGCAGAGAGAGAAGCGCAAAAGAAAACUCUGAAAGUGAAGCGUGCAACAUUACGAAAACUUGUGAAAUCUAAUAAUUAUUAUAUUGAAAAUGAAGAAGAACGUGUUCGACACAUGGCAAGCUUGGAAAAACUAUGUGAGGUUCUUAAACCUGAACAAAUUGACGAGCUCUUAGAGAAAAUGACACAAGGUGGUCGAAGUGUAUAUAUCAGUGCUAUCGAAGAUACUGAGAAGCAAAUUGAAGAAGAGCGGCAAGCCCUUUUGGCUGCAUCCCAACGUAAUAGUGGUGCAUCAGGUGCACAGGGAUCAAGGAAGGGAGGUCAAGUCAACUGGUCAACUGAAGAAAUACAUGUCCUUAUUAAAGCUGUUAAUUUAUUUCCAGCUGGAACAAAUCAGAGGUGGGAAGUUAUCGCAAACUUCAUUAACCAACAUGAUGUAGCCUCUUCUAGUAAGAAAACUGCAAAGGAUGUUCUUGCAAAAGCCAAAUCCCUCCAGAGUUCAGAUUUCAGCAGAAAUGUUUUAAAAGAAACUGUGAACAAACAAGCAUACAACAUAUUUGAGAAGGAGCAUUCCGCUGGUGAUACAAGUGGUUCUAUGACAGAGAGACUUGAAGAAGAGACUCCAUGGACAGGGGCUGAACAGAAGCUUCUAGAACAAGCACUGAAGACUUACCCUAAUUCAACACCAAACAGAUGGGAGAGAAUUGCAGAGUGCAUACCAACAAGAACAAAGAAACAAUGUAUUUCUAGAUACAAGGAAAUUGCUGAAAUGGUUAAAGCCAAAAAGGCAGCUCAAGCUGCUGCUGAACAAAAGAAAAAAUAACCCCUAGUGUCAUUUAGGGAGCUCAAUAUUUUGUUUUGAUAUUCAGCUAAUUUUUCCCCACUAAUUCCCAACGAAUUGAAAUUCCUUAAAUUAUUGAAAAAUUUUUGGAUACUUGUACAUAGCAUUGUGCAACAUAUCUUGCAAAUUCUGUACCUUUUGUACAACUGAUUGCUACUGUAUUUUAUAUUGAAGAAUGUUGUGUUCAUUGAU